CCUCGUCCCCCAUCGCCAUCACAAACCACAUUGCCCACAUCUCCCCAAAAGCCCCUCUGCGCCUCUGCCCAGCGCUGCCAGACACAACGUUCAGUCCGCCCUGCUCUCCGCCAGAAGACUGAUCGCAGCCGCCCGUACCAUGCCCUACAACACCCGGCGCAAGUCGGUCUCGCUGUCGCAGCUGGGAAUCCAUGUGCCUGCCAGCUCGCGAUCGUCAUCCCAUCGCUCACCGCCUGCCUCAGCUACCACCCCCCCCGCCGACGAAGACAUGCAGCACGAACAGCAGCAUCCGAGCAAGAAGUUGAAGAGAUCGCACUCGUCGGCCGGCGACGAGCCUCUCUCGCCCAUAUCUACGUCGUCGCCGUCAAGAGCUUCGCCACCUGCCCUGAGGGAUGACCCUCUCCCACCAAGCGCCGGCCGCGUGGCGCCGGGCGUCGACGCGACCACUCCGCCGCCAGAGGCCGGCGUCAGCAGGGUCGACACGGAGGGCAUCAACGACGAAAUCGUCGUCGCCGUCAUACAGCAGCUCGAGAAGACGGGCAACCGCCCGCAUCUGCUCAAAGAGCUCGCUGCCAUCCUCCAACACAGCCUGCCCAUCGUGCAAAGCUCUGCGAACCAGCCCGCCAUCAUUUCCUCGCGGCUUGCCACCUACAUGAAGCGUCCGUGGACGGCGCUGGCUCCGUGUCCCAUAGGGAAGGAGCUCAUCGGCACCCACCCAAAGCGCAUCUACUUCUACCUCACCACUCAGCCGAGGCAAGCGUUCCCGGAUCCUCCGGAACGCGCAGAUCAGGCCGCGCGCAUCAUCUCGCCGUCGCUCACCUCGGCCGAGAACGAAGAGGACGACAAGCAGGCCAGGAGCCGCGCUGCCUUGUCGCCCUCGCCCGAGGUUGACCUCUCGACGCCGGAGCUUGAGCAGUACGAGUCGCCCUUGGAAACUGAAUACUUUCCGCACGGCCACGCGCUCUCCCGGUUCCAAGCGCACGACGGCUCGACCACCAGCCUCGCGCAGAGUCAGUCCACCCCGCCGCUCGAGGGCGACGAGCGCGAGUUCACCCAGACGGCCACCUCGUUGCAGCAGCGUCACAAAUCUGAGUCCAUGGAUUUUGCCACCCGGGCGCCGCCCGCCACCAAGGUCGAGCCCGUGGACGAGAUCAUGACCGAAGAUUCGGAGGAGAGCCGGGCGCGCCACAACCGGUCCGACGCGGCCGCUCUGUUUGGCCAAGGCGACAGCCAUCUGUCCAUUGCCAAGGUAUCUUUCAUGGAGAGCAGCCCGAUGCUGAGACCGCAGGUCGACUUCGACAUGCUUGUCACGCACAAAUUGGAAGUACACGACAUACGGCUCUCGGACGAGUACGACUCCAACUUCCUAUGCGAGACGGUCGAAAUGGACGAGCUUGACGAUCUGUUCGCCACGUAUUAGAGGCGCCCCUGACUCCUUUCGACAUCCGCGCAUAGCUCUGUUUGGGCCGUUCAUCCAAGUCGAGCAGGAGCCCGCGGCGUCUUCCCGGG